AUGGCCAUUGAUACUCAUUCAGAUGUUAGUAAGUCACACGUGCUAUUUAGGGAUAACAAGGUAUUAUCAAUAGCUCAUAAAGUGGAUCGAAGAUAUGGGAAGAGGCCCCUUCCAUCCGAUGAACCGGAGGAGAAAGAAGAAGAUCACACCUUCCCUGUCUACUCAGCUCGAUCUCAACAAGACAUGGAUGUGAUGGUUUCAGCUCUAGCUCAAGUAAUUGGAAGCAGCCACAAUAACUUAGCUCAAGUGCAUGAAAAUCCAUUGACCUCAACACAAUCCAGCACAGAAAAUGAUCAAACCCAACCAGCUGUUCAAGACCAAGGGUAUGCAAGGAGACGACAUUACAGAGGAGUUAGGCAAAGGCCGUGGGGAAAAUGGGCCGCUGAGAUCCGAGAUCCCAAGAAGGCAGCUCGAGUGUGGCUAGGCACUUUCGAAACGGCUGAGGCUGCCGCCCUUGCUUACGAUGAAGCAGCUCUUAGGUUCAAAGGAAGCAAGGCUAAGCUCAACUUUCCUGAAAGGGUUCCAUCUGGCGGGACGGAAUUAGGUUUCUUUACUAGAGGCCAAGGUUUGCAUACGGUUACUGAACCUGUCCCUAAUCACAUUAUGGCUCCUCUAGCUCGUUCCCAACGACCACAGGAAGCAUAUAAUCCAAGUAAUUUUCAAUAUCCACAAUUUCUUGGAACCACAUCAGGCUAUGGCUUAAGCCACGUCAUGCCGUCAGCAGUUCCAUUUGGUGGAGAAACAUUUCUUUCACCGACUUCCUCCAGUGCAUCUUCUAAUUCGUGGCCGAUAUCUUCUCAACAGCAGCAGCAGCAGCAGCAAGAGGAACUUUUAAGAUUAUCAAUGCAGUUUGGAAGUUCUUACAACUCUCGUUAUGAUCCUUCUAAAUACAAAGACGAGGGGCUCUGAUUAAUCAAGUCAUGAUCAAAGAGAGCAAGUUAAUUAGGAAAGAUCAGUGGGAGCUGAAUUCCUAGUUAUGAUGUUGGAAAGAUCGGUGAGAGCUGAAUUCCUAGUUAUGAUAUUGGUGUUUCUUUUUCACUUGCAGUUUUUUUUUUUUACCUUGUCUUUUCUUCUUGUCUUAAUUACUUUCCUUGUUGAACUUAUAAUAUAAUUUUCCACAAUCCCAUCUAGGGUGAUCAAGAAAAUAUGUUGUUUAAUAAAUUUUGUUUGCAUCU